UUGGUGGUAUAGGAGCCUGCAAGAACCUUUAGUUAAGUGACGGAAAUUCUGGUUGACUGACGCUGGCUCUUCCAAACUGGAAAAUAUAGACGCGAUGCAGACAAUUUUCUCAUAACCACGAUCGCGUCCAAUUUUCAUUUCAAUUAGAAUAAAUAAGCAAUUGUUCAGAUACCUUUUGUGUUUUUAUCAUACGUGAAUGUUGAGUUAUCACGAAUGUACAACGUAAGUGAAGUAUAAAGAAAACUAAAAGAAAGUAUUUUAAAAUAUAGUUUGGUCAUUUAUAGAAUCUUUAUUGCAACUAAGGAUAUUUACACGCAACAGUACCACCCACACUUCUAGACCCCUUGGGGCCGGUUGUAUUGGGGCAGUUCGCGAUGUCUGCUACCAGCGAUUAUCCGAAACGUUCUGAGCCCUCGACGAAAAAGAUCCCUUUGUACCAGGCAAACCCCAGUUACACAGUUCGAGUGAUUUGUUGUGUUUUGUUUAUUUUUCUUACCGAACUUUGUCUCGCACACUACAUUUACAGAUUGAUAAGAGCGGAAAUCAACAGUCAAUACAUUGAGAAAAGCACAUUAAGACAUGUUUUGCUGGCGGAAUUAAGGGAGGAUAAAGUAAGGGACGAAGUUAAGAAGAUAAUCCGGGAAAAUGAGAUGGAAGAUCCCACGAAGACGUGGGACGAAAUCGAAAAAUUUCAGAGAGAAACAGCUGCUGGGGAAAAUAUUUCCGGCAAGAUUAGGAGAAUUGCAGAUUUGUCAGACGACGCGGACAAUUCUGGCAUCGCUAACGGCGGCGGCAGCGAUUACCCGAACGAAAAAGGGAACAGUAGGAAAAAAAGAGGAGCCCUGGUUGAAGACAAUUUGCUUAAUUCGUCGGGAAAACACUUUAAUCCAUUACAUGACGUCAAAGAUGAUAUGGAAAGGCUUCAAAAGAAUAAAAAACAGGGAGAGACCGAAUUACCUAAGCCUUGGAUUGAAUUAACAAGUCAAUCUCGUAUACCGAUUCCAGUAAUUUUAGACUUUUGUGCAAGAGCUAUUAAAGAUUGUCCACCCGGAAAUCCUGGACCGAAAGGUCAACCUGGCCUUAAAGGCGUUAAGGGAGAUAGGGGAGAUACAGGUUUUCCCGGAAUACCAGGUCCUAUCGGCCCAAGAGGCCAUCCUGGUAAAGCUGGAGAAAAAGGAGAGUCUGGAAGACCCGGACUUGAUGGUAGAGACGGAAUACCAGGGGAGCCUGGCCUUGAUGGUAUGCCAGGACGAAACGGUCACGAUGGACAAACUGGUAAAGAUGGAAUACCAGGAAUUCCAGGACGAGAUGGAAGAAAUGGCACGGACGGACGACCUGGUACUGUUGGACCAAGGGGACUUCCUGGUCCUCAAGGACCUCCAGGUUUGCCUGGACCAAAGGGUCCUCCAGGAAAAAAGGGUCUCGAUGGAACCCCAGGAAUUCCUGGAGUGAAAGCGUGGGAAACAAAAGUCAACGGCAGUGCAAAACUCCUUAUACCCCCUUCAAUAGCAAGUUCGUCGCUACCGUCAAAACCGAUUGUUUUUAUUGAGGGUGAUAAUGUGAGAAUACCUUGUACAGCCUCCGGAAUUCCAAAACCUAAUGUUGAAUGGAGAAGACUUGACAGACAACCAAUUGCAACAGGAAAAUGGCAAGGUAUUCGUAUAAUACAGAAUAAUUCAUAUUGGGAAAGGGCUGAUGGCAAACUCCUCGAACACGGUAGCAAAUAUCGCAUUGCAACUUAUAGCGAUAAAAACGGAUAUAAAGCUACUAUGCAAUUAAAUAUUACCCGAAUUAAUUCGUACGACAUCACCACGUACCUCUGUGUUGCUAAAAAUGAAAGAGGACUAACCAGAGGAGUCUUUACACUCUACGAGAAGGAUCCUCGACUGGGCACUCCACCGCCCAUCGUGGGCAACAAUCAUAUGAUUGUGUUUGGAAUGCCAUCGCCUGCUCUAACGUCAUUAGAAGAACUCUGUCCUCCGCCACCUAAAUGCGACGAAUGCGUUGACACAAGAGAGUUCAAAUGCAAUAAAGAGUUUGGAGUCUCUCUAUUUGAUAUUAUAAGACGGUGGGAAGUAAGGCCGUAUGGGGGAGAACGAUACGCGGGACUUCCCAACAGAACACUCGAUUGUUUACUUUAUGCUGUCGGAAAACCUGUAUAUCAUCGUUUUCUGGACGAAACCUACGGUUCUUGGAUGAAAGAUCCUAAUCCUCUUUACGAAAACGAUUCUGAAAAAAUUUGGACCACGAAAGAAAACGAGACUACCAAAUUAUUCCAGUACGACAACAAAAAUGCAUUUAGAAAAUAUACACCUACGAGAGAGUUCAACCUGGUACAGCCAUUUCAAGGAAACGCUCACGUUAUUGUUAACGGGUCCUUUUUCUAUAACGAAAGAAAUACGUCAAGGAUAGUAAGACUCGAUUUGGAACGAGAAAUUACAUCUACGGUAGAAAUACCGUUGGCAAAAGCCAACAGUAAUUAUCUCUACAGUUCAAAAUAUAAUUACAUGGAUUUUAGUGUCGAUGACAAUGGUUUAUGGGUCAUUUUUCCUGUCCCCGACUCAAACAAUACAGGAGUUCUAAAGGUAAAAAACAUGCGUCUUUUUGUGUGAGUAAUUCGUUAAAAA